GGCGACUCGCUGCUACACAAUGAGGCCAACAGACGGAGAGUGGCCAUUGAAUCGCACUUCAUCAUGGUCGUCGACACCUCGGGUUCGAUGAGCGAGAUGGAUUGCCAGCAGAACGGGGCGUCAGACCAAAAGUGUACAAUUACGCGAAUUCAGGCGGUCUUCAACGAGGUGAAGCAGCUCGCGUCCACAGAGAAUGCCCGCACUGGGGUCAGUGACAAAAUGAGUCUCAUCACUUUCAGCGAUGCGGCAGAGAUCAAGUUUCAGGAGACGUCACUCGAGGUCGCGCAAAAGCAUUUGGCCAAGAUGGGGGUUCCCAAACCAUGGGGCCAGACCUACUACGCCAAGGGCCUCCGCGCAGCGGCGCAGUGCGCGCGAGCGGAUCAGAAGAAGCGGCCCAUCGAU